AAAACGACGAAUACUCACUACUAGUAGUCGUCCAUCCAGCAACUUCUCUACUGCUCCAUUCACCCAGUGACGUAUACGAUCGCACUGGAAUUGUUCCCAACGACGGCCACCAACUUGAGCGCAAAAGCCAGAAACCGACUGCUCAGUUGAGCUCUACUAAUGCCUGAGUGAGCACCACGAAAUUCCGUCUCUUCGUCUAUCUGGGGAUAGAUCACCCGAGUGAAACACAUCAGAAUAUUUUCCGGCCUCACAGUGUCUCGUUUCGAUACGGAUCGGUAUGGAGUCCUGAGGUGAUUGAUUGUGAGGCAUGGUUGAUAUUCCGCGACAAAAGUGGUGGUGCUCAGGGGAAAUUCCCCGCUCUGAAGUGAGAUAGAUAUAGAGAGAUCCAGGUCCCAGAGGCCUCGUGUCCCUUAGAUCUCGGGAUGAGGACGAAAUUGUUCCAAUGAAGAAAAAGCAACAGUGAUCACCCCACCCCAUGAUGUGGUUAUCGUGUCGGGUGACAUUGGGCAUCUUGCUCAAAUGGAUAUGUUUAGCCCUUGGGGUGGCGGGGUUCAACUUGGACCUUCGCAUCCCGAUCAUUAAGUCCGGCGGCGAUGUGGCUGACAACUAUUUCGGCUACUCCGUGGCUCAACAUCGAACUUUGCUCGGUGCAAGGGGUGAGCCCCGAUUUCUGGUGGGAGCGCCAUUGGACCAGAACCUUCAACCGGGGACCAAUCGAUCUGGAGCUCUUUGGCAAUGCCCUCUUUCCAACGCGAUUCGGGAUUGCACUCAAGUGGAGACGGAUGGCAAGCGUUCGAGAAAUCGAAUGGAUAAGACCUAUGGGAUCUACAAUGGAUCUCUUAAUACGUUGAAUCCACCCAUCUCGUCGGAAUUGAAAGAUGGCCAAUGGCUUGGAGUCGAGGUUCAAAGUCAAGGAGAAGGUGGAAAGGUCAUCGUGUGCGCACACAGGUAUGCGGUGCGGGACGUUGAGAAACACUCACAGAGGGUCCAAGAUACCAAGCGAGGCAUGCUGGGUAUGUGCUACGUCCUCGAUCCAGAUUUGACUCUUCCCCGAAACGACGACAUUGGCUAUAAAAAUAUCGUCAAUGUCCGAGAUGCGGUGGGAGGCAAGCACCUGGAGCCCAAGAGAGACACCUUCGACAAUCACGCCCAAUGGGGAGUGUGCCAGCUCGGCACGGCGGCCUCAUUCGUCAAAGAUGAGGAUCUCAGUGAUAACGAUCAAGAUCUGGCCCUCUUUGGAGCCCCCGGAUGUUUCACCUGGCGUGGCAAUGUGUUUGGUCAGAAUCUCGGCACUCACCGGCGAUAUCGCGUGGCCGUGGACUUUGAAAACAUGCUAGACUUCAGCAAACAUGGCCACAUGGGCCUAUCUGUGACGUCAGGGCGCUUCUUCAACGGGGACGUCUAUUACGUUUCGGGUGCUCCUCACGCUGGUCAAGAUGGUUCUCGAACGGGAGAGGUGUACUUCUUCAGGAAGGACCCAAUCAUGACCCGCUACGCCCCAGAUUGGUCGUACACUCUCAAAGGGGAAGUCUUUGGCACCGGCUACGGCUACUCCCUGGCCACUCUGGAUGCUAAUGGGGACUCAAGUCCUGACCUGUUGGUAGGGGCUCCGUUUUAUGACGGUGGGAAAGAGGAGCGAGGUGGAGCCGUGUACUUGUAUCUCAGCAAGGGCCGAGCACUCCAUAGUGACUAUUACGUGAAGAUUCUGGGAAAACAGGUGGAGUCGCAAUUCGGUUUGGCCCUCACCAACCUGGGCGAUUUGAACCAUGAUGGGUUCGAAGAUUUUGCCGUGGGAUCUCCGUAUGAGGACGACGGCAAAGGUGCAGUGUAUGUGUUCUUCGGUGGUCAGAGAGGUCUCCGGGCGCAUGGGCCGCCUUUAAAAGGCUCUCCGCCUUUCUUGUAUGCCGAAGAGGUGGCCGAUCAAAUCAUUACAGCCGGUGAUCUCAUUAAGGCUGUUCCCAAUGGCGUUCUCCCGCUCGACCUACGAACCUUGGGAAGCUCCUUGAGUGGUGGCAUGGACAUGGAUGCCAAUGGCUACCCGGAUCUUUUAAUUGGUGCUUACCAAUCUAGUCACGUUUUUCUGCUUCGAUCUCGUCCCAUCAUUGACAUCCGCACCUCGGUCAACGAUGAAAACCUCAAAGGCAUUGACCCGGGCCAAGCUGGCUGCCGGGAGGACGAGACAUCCGAGGAUGCCUGCUUCAGCUUUAACGCCUGUUUCAGUGUUGAUAAAGAGGUGAGCAAGCAAGGGUUAUCCCUCACGUUCAAGAUUGAGGCAGAGCCCAAAAAGCCAGUGUCACGUGUAUGGCUACGCUUGUUAGAUCGGCCAGACGUCGGCCCCAAUCGCACGAACAUUGUCACGGACACCAUCAAAAUUGAAGGAAGACGAGCGCAAUGCACGGCCGUCAUUGGUUACAUUGGGCCCUACGCAGACCUCCAGAGUCCGGUUCAAUUUGCCAUGUCUUACUCGUUGGUGCAGGCCCAACCUCGGAUGCUUUAUCUUCCCGGCGCAUCUCUGCCAAAUAUCAAUGACUAUCCAAUUUUGAAUCAGGCCCAGGCCAAGAAGCGCUUCCAAGCCACUUUCGAAAAAGAUUGUGGGGAGGAUGACGUUUGCCAAUCUCAAUUGGCGUUUGAGCCCACGCUUCGGGACGAAUCCAAGGAGUUGGGCCGAACUCCAGGUGGCUAUUAUGAACUCGAGCUGGGCUCUUUGAAACGAGACGAGCUCACCCUGGACGUAACCAUUAAGAAUGGCGGUGACCCGGCUUACGAGGCCACAUUUGAUGUGUUCUUCCCACCGUCGGUGAGUUACAUUGGCAUGGGAAAAGAUACUAAACUGAAUGCACCUGAGUUCAAAAACGAGACUUGGCUGUCCUUCAAUCUUGGCAAUCCCUUCAAGGGCGCCGCCAAUGGAGAAGCUCACUCGACCAACAUUCAACUGCGCUUCAGUCCGAGAUUGCUCAUCGACGAUAAACUCAUCCAGUUCUAUUUAACUGCCAACACUUCAUCGACUCAAGUGUACGAUACGUCCACCUUCGUUAAUUUGGUGGUGGUUCGCCGAGCUGAGGUCAAAGUUGUUGGAGGGGGAUUCCCAGAAGAGGUCCAUUAUGGCGGGACCGUUCGAGGCGAAUCUGCAUUGCAAGAGUUGGCAGAAAUCGGCCCACAGGUGGUGCACAAAUUCUUAGUCAUCAACAAUGGCCCCUCAGCCGUUGAUGUCUUAACUGUCCACAUUGCUUGGCCAUUCCAAGUCGAGAAUGGAAAGGCCCAAGGAAAAUGGCUCCUGUAUCUCACGGAUCACCCCUCGCUGAGAAAUGGACGCGGGGACUGCGUACUACCCUCGGGCUUUGCUGCAAACCCAUUAAAUUAUACUGCCGGUCAUGAUGGCAUCACUGCCAGACACACACUUGGGCACACGCCCCCAGCCAAUUUUGUCAUGAAACCGGGCAAUGGGUCCGAUUACGAGGACUUCUUUCAAUCCUCGGCCGCCCGCGAUUCGUCUCUGGGGGAUCCCGACCUCAAAGCCAUGAUGCAAAAGCUCAAGUCUAAACAGAAACGUGAGGUGGAACAAGUCAUCCUCCCACGAGUGCUCCCCGGACUUGGGCCCAAUGGAGGCGACCUCAAGGUUGUGACUCUCGACUGUGAUAGGGGAACGGCAAAAUGUUUGCGCAUUACUUGUCAGAUUUAUAACAUGCCGGCGGGUGUUCCUGCCACCAUCGAGGUUCGAUCCAGGCUCUGGAACUCGACGCUAGUGGAAGACUACAGCGGCAUUGAUCAAGUGGAGAUCUUCUCCAAAGCCAAAGUGACUGUUGAUCCAGACAUAACACAAAACAUUGGCGAUGAUUAUGUGUCGGUGAGGACCAUCGCCUACCCGGACUCGCAUCAACUCUUGCCCGAGCAGGGUUUGGAAUGGUGGAUCAUAUUGAUUAGCAUUCUCGUUGGUCUCCUCGUUCUUGUUCUCAUCUGCUUGAUUCUCUGGAAGUUGGGCUUCUUCAAACGCAAACGCCCCUCGGAGGAAGAUGACGUGGAUUUCAUGAUGUCAGCUCACUUUGAAAAAGCCCAUUUGAACGGCAACUCGUGAACGUAGUGAAGACGAGAGAAAACCAUGGAACCCUGAGUACAAAACCCCCCUGUCUUGGAUCAAUUCAGAUCGACAGCUUCAUCAUCAGCAUCUUCAUAGUCAUCCUGUGUGCCUUUUUCGAUAAUCUACUCAUGUCUCUCAAUUUGUCUGAAGAAUGAGAGAGUGGGGCAAGCAUGGAAAUCCAGAGAGCCCCUCGGCAGUCAGUCGAAAAGGCGCUUUGGUCAAACAGCCACGAGAAUGGAUGAACGAACGAUUGAACACUCAACGUUCACUUCGAUCACAUUGGUGUGAAACGCAAAAGCCAAUUUCUUCUCUCUUAUCUGGUCCAUCAAUCAGGAUGGCGUGAUAGUUGGAGCGGACUUCAAAAGAGUUGCUUUAUAUUUGAAGUUGCUGGCUUUUUAAGAGGACUUGGCAAUGAGGAAGAAUUAGGCUAGGUUCACACCACAUGCAUCAUUUUACCAUCACCACUCUCAACUCUGUAGGGUGUUAUCCUCUAUCUCUUCAACACUACUAAAACUUUUGAGUAGGAGGAUGUCUCAAGGCGAACCACUCCUCCAUACUCGCUCCCAACUCUACAACUAGUCCGUGAACGUUUUUAUGCUCACAACACUACAAGAAAUCAGUAUCAAAAUGUGACACACUCACCAGGUUUGAGUGACAAAUCGAUGGUGCACACCAUAAUGUCCGAGGUAUGACAAUCACGCCUCUGGAUGGCCCUUAUAGAUCAGCGUAGUAUGACAAUAACUUGCGAGUACUUUGGUACAAGACAGCGACCCACAGCUAAACCAAGUUCAUCUUCAAUGCAAGAGUGACAAGGCAUGUUUCCAAUCUUCUGACUGCGCCUGCAAGAAGAAGUCUGACAUUCCAAGACACAAAAUGAUGAUGAUGAUAAGUGAUUUUUUUUUUCGUCCUGCUUCAAAAAUCAAGAAUUUUCACCGCUCCAACCCGCAGCUCAGCUCGGGAAGUCCAUUCUUUUAGAAAAAAACAAGAUAAUACUCUCUCUCUCUCAGUCACUUGGAGAAUAUCCUGGAUCAUUAAGAAACGGCUAAAUAAAUGUAAUGAAAAAAUCUGCAUAAAACCGGCUUUGCGCA